AGACUUCGCAAUGCCGCAGGCGUACACCGCUGUGUCCCAAUGGACCCGUAGCCUACUCAUCACUUCCUGCUUCCGGUGUGCGGGGGCUGUGAGUUCUUAGGGAAAAGAGUCAGGGAGCCGGUAGGUGUUGCGGAGAAGACCGGUGCCACGUGUACAGAGUAUAACAAGCUUUGACUACUAUUUGUGAAUAAUUCCCAAGGUGUCAGACAACAAUGGUAUCUAAACAAGCGUUCCUCUUCAGUCUGGGAUCUCUCUACCUCUCCCUCCUCUUUGUAUUUCUUCUUAUGGACGUAUAUGCCAGGCCUGCAAAUAAUUCCGCCCUGAAGGAAAAGCCUGUAGACAAUAAAGAUGAAAAUGAAAUUAUACCUCCUGACCAUCUGAAUGGGAUGAAGAUGGAGAUGGAUGGACACCUUAACAAAGAGUUCCAUCAAGAGGUUUUCCUGGGGAAGGAGAUGGAAGAAUUUGAUGAAGAUUCAGAGCCGAGGAAAAAUAGGAGGAAGCUAGCGGUUAUCUUUUCAAAGGUGGACAGGAACAACGACAAACAGAUUAGUGCCAAAGAAAUGCAAAGGUGGAUCAUGGAGAAGACAGAAGAACAUUUCAGAGAGGCCAUGAAAGAGAACAAGCUACAUUUUCGUGCCGUCGAUCCUGAUGGGGAUGGGAAGGUGUCUUGGGAUGAGUACAAGGUCAAGUUGCUGGCCAGUAAAGGAUUCAAUGAGAAGGAAGUGGCAGAAAAGCUGAAGAACAAUGAGGAUUUGAAGAUAGAUGAAGAGACUCAGGAAGUAUUAGAUAACUUAAAAGACCGCUGGUUCCAGGCUGAUAACCCCCCAGCUGACCAACUUCUGGAUGAAGAUGAGUUCCUCUCUUUCUUGCACCCUGAGCACAGUCGAGGGAUGCUGAAAUUCAUGGUGAAAGAAAUUGUCCGAGAUUUAGAUCAAGAUGGAGAUAAGCAGCUAACCUUAUCAGAGUUCAUUUCUCUUCCUGUCGGCACUGUUGAAAACCAACAAGCCCAAGACAUUGAUGAUGAAUGGGUCAGAGACAGGAAAAAGGAAUUUGAAGAAGUUAUUGAUUCAAACCACGACACAAUUGUUACAAUGGAGGAGCUGGAGGAGUACAUGGACCCUAUGAAUGAAUACAACGCUCUUAAUGAAGCCAAGCAGAUGAUCGCUGUAGCUGAUGAAAACCAAGACCAUCAUUUGGGGCUGGAAGAAAUCAUGAAGUACAGCGAGUAUUUCAUAGGCAGCAAGCUGAUGGACUAUGCCCGCAAUGUUCACGAAGAGUUCUAGAUAGCCCGUGCUGUGCAAAUCAUCCACAGAGCCCUUCUCCCAUUUAGCUGGAGGCGUUUCAGUGAUGGGUAAAGGAUACAUCUUGUAAUUUAAUGGGAUUGGGACUUCACCAGUUUUGCUGCUACUCUACCUGUGUGUUCUCCGUGUUAAGUAUUCUGGUGCCGCCUCCCCACUACAUGCUACGUUCAUAGCAAAAUUUGCACAUAAUCAAUAACUUUUAUUUGUUUAAGCAAAUAUAUCCCCAUUUUAUAUCAUGGCAAAGGACAUCUAUAGAUGGCUGGGUAUUUGCUACCAUGCUUUACCUUCUUGCUCACUGUGGAGUAAGUCACCUAUAAGAAUGCAGAAAUAUUUUAACUGGUUUGAUUUGUGGUAGCAGAGAGAGAAAUGCUUGUCAAUAACUAGCAUGCCGUUAAACUUCCUAAAUGUGUAAUGGGCAGCUCUAGAUUCAUUUUAGCACCACAUUUUUGUUCAUUGUUUUGUGACCUUGCUUGGAAAAAAAAAUAGUUUUUGGCAGAAUUCAGCAGGCAAAAUUUUAGAACACAUUAUAUCAUCAAUUAAUUAAAGAUGCUUUAAAACAUUAUCCUUUUUUUUUAUGCCUGACUUAAUAUUUUGUUUUAUUCCCCCAAAAAAUGACAUACUCAGUACCUGUGAAAACAAAUUAUAAUGUGAAAAUUUAACUAUGUUCUUAAUUAUAAAGAUAAAAAAACA